AUGGAUCCAUCUGCGCCUAGCUUUCGAUCACUGUGCAAAGACGCCGAUGCUAGCGCCUUUGCCCCUCCGACCAAACUGAAAUCCUUUCUACCUCCUCAGAUCCAACACGACAGUGCUCCAAUCAAGUCGGAACAGGACGUCCUUGACACUCACCGGACCUGGAGCAAGGAUGAGCUUCCUUCUUAUCAGCACUUUCAAGAGGAAAUACGGAGGUUCCGUUGGCUCAGUCUGAACCAAGUCAUGCCAUCUUAUCAGCAGCUUCCUCCGCCACAGCUAUCGUGGUCCGAAUCAGAUCACGGUGUCCACCAACACUGGUCCUGGCUGAACGAUUCGGCUCCUCUGUCCUCCUCCACUGUGUGCGAGCUUAAGAGCAAUAGUACUGGACUUGAAACCAUAUCCUCGCCUCAAGUUGUAGUUGCUCCCCGCGGACGCUUCCAACCACACAUUCAGCAAACGAUGGACUUCAUCCCUACCCAAAGGUGUUCCUCGAGCUUCGAAUUGCAGCAAACUUAUUCUUCUCGUCCUCAGAAGCAGCCAGGAGCCCGGCCUUUGACUCACCAUCAUUCAGCAAUUCCUGGCUUGAGCUUCGUUCGCGAGAGUUCUUCCUACACCAGCAACGUCAGCGCCUCUCUUAAUCCUCACAAUAAAAUGCAAUUCGACGCUCAACCUGCAAUUUGUGCUGAAGCCUGGCAUCAGCUUUCGCCACCGAGCGCUUCAUUGAAACUUCUCGCCACCUUCGCCAACCGAUCCGACUUUGCACAUCAGUUGGAAGCUCAUCACAACUCGCAGCACAAACAAGCUGCCUCUGCCGGACACUCCUUCUUCCCUGCAGAUACUUAUGUCCCGGUGCUGACUUCCCGAUCCCGCAAAGCAUCGAACGACCGCACAGAGCACACUCGCGGUCCUUCGGCUUUCAAUGCUAAAGAGAAAUUGUACAAGACCGAAAUUUGUCGGAAUUGGGAAGAGAAAGGAUUCUGCUACUACGGAGAUCGAUGUCAAUUCGCUCACGGUGAACACGAGCUGCGUCAGGUACCACGCAAUCCUCUCUGGAAGACUAAGCCGUGCAAGCGAUUCAAGCUGUGGGUAGCAGGUUCGCAGACUCUAACCUCGAUUCAAUGGCUACUGACCUCUUGUCUGGUCAUGAACCGUGCACGCAUCUUCAAAGCUACGGAUCGUGCCAAUUUGCCAAGCGUUGCUGGUAAGCUGUCCGUCGCUCGUCGCCAUGGAUAA